CUUUGAACUCAUGAUCCUCCUGCCUCCACCUCCUGAGCUGCUGGAUUACAGGUGUGCGCCACGGUGCCUGGCCCAUUAUGGAUCUUAAAGGAAAAGAUGUCCUUCUGGUCUUCGAUUCUGAUCUGCCUUUUCCUGCUUAUCUCUGAUUCCUGUGAGUUCUUUGCUGAAUCGAAUUACUCCAGGAGCUAUCCUUGUGAUGAGAAAAGGCAAAAUAACUCCAUUAUUGCAGAAUGUGACAGCCGUCAACUGCAAGAAGUUCCUCAAACAGUGGGCAAAUAUGUGACAGAACUCGACCUGUCUGAUAAUUUCAUCACACACAUAACAAAUGAAUCGUUUCCAGAGCUUCCAUAUGUCACUAAAAUAAAUCUAAACCACAAUGCCAAUCAAGAGCACUAUAAUAAAAAUCCUGAUAUGAAUAAAAAUGGCAUGAAUAUUACAGAUGGAGCAUUCCUCAAUCUAAAAAACCUACAGGAGCUACUGCUUGAAGACAACCAGUUAGAGAGAAUACCCUCUGGUUUGCCAGAGUCUUUGAGAGAACUUAGUUUAAUUCAAAACAAUAUAAUUUCAAUAACUAAGAAUGACACUUUGGGACUUAUGAACUUGGAAAGUCUCUAUUUGGGCUGGAACUGCUAUUUUGUUUGUAGUGAAACAUUUUACAUUGAAGAUGGGACAUUUGAAUCCCUUACAAACUUGAAGGUGCUGUCACUGUCUUUCAACACUCUUAUCCAUGUGCCACCCAAACUACCCAACUCCCUUCGAAAACUUUAUCUGAGUAACACCAAGAUCAAAACUAUAGGUCAAGAAGACUUCAAGGGAUUGGUAAAUUUAAGAUUACUAGAUUUAAGUGGGAACUGUCCAAGAUGUUUCAAUGCACCUUUUCCUUGUACACCUUGUGAUGGAAAUGCCGCAAUUGAGAUACAUCCUCUUGCUUUUCAAAAUCUGACCCAGCUUCUCUACCUAAACCUCUCUAGCACUUCCCUCCGGAAGGUUCCUUCCACCUGGUUUGACAAUAUGCACUACCUGAAAGUGUUGCAUCUCGAAUUCAACUAUUUAGUGCAAGAAAUGGCCUCUGGGGAAUUUUUAACAAAGCUGCCCAAUUUAAAAAUACUCGAUUUAUCUUUUAACUAUGUAAAGACAGAAUAUUCACAAUAUAUUACUCUUUCCAAAAACUUCUCUAAACUUCAGUCUCUCAAGGCACUGCAUUUAAGAGGUUAUGUGUUCCAGACACUCAGAGAAGAAGAUUUCCGACCUCUAAUGGUUCUACCACAACUUCGAACUAUCAACUUGGGGAUUAACUUUAUUAAGCAAAUUGAUUUUACCCUUUUCCAAAGAUUCCCCAAACUGGAAAUUAUUUACUUGUCAGAAAACAGAAUAUCACCAUUGGUAAGUGAUAUCAGGCAAACUCCUACAAAUGGUUCCUCUUUGCAAAGUCAUACCAUUAAACGACGCUCCAUGGAUGCCAAGUUUGACCCACAUUCAAAUUUUUAUCAUAACACCAAUUCUCUAAUGAAGCCGCAAUGUACUGGUUAUGGCAAAGCCUUGGAUUUAAGUUUAAACAGUAUUUUCUUUAUUGGUAAAAACCAAUUCAAAGGUUUCAGUGACAUUGCCUGUUUAAAUCUCUCUGCCAAUGGCAAUGGCCAAGUAUUUAAUGGAACUGAAUUUUUAGCUGUGCCUCAGGUCAAAUACUUGGAUUUGACCAACAAUAGACUAGACUUUGAUGAUAACAAUGCUCUCCGUGAACUGUCCCACCUGGAAGUUCUAGAUCUCAGCUAUAAUGCACACUAUUUCAAAAUAGCAGGGGUAACACAUCGUCUAGGAUUUAUCCAAAAUUUGACACAGCUCAAAGUUUUGAACCUGAGCUACAACAGCAUUUAUACUUUAACAGAGGAGAAGGAACUGAAGAGCAUGUCCCUGAAGGAAUUAGUUUUCACUGGAAACCGCCUUGACCUUUUGUGGAACACCAAAGACAACAGGUACUGGUCCAUUUUUAAAUGUCUCAGGAACCUGACACGGCUGCACCUGUCUUCUAAUAACCUCCAGAAUAUCCCAAAUGAAGCAUUCCUUAACUUGCCAGACAAUCUCACUGAACUGUACAUAAAUAAUAAUCUGUUAAAUUUCUUUAACUGGACACUACUCCAGAAGCUUCCAUAUCUCCUCUUGCUUGACUUAAGUGGAAACGAGCUGUCCUCUUUACCUAACAGCCUAUCUAAAUCUACACCUUCUCUUCAGACACUGCUGCUGAGCCGGAACAAGAUUGCCCACCUUCCCUCUGGCUUUUUUUCCGAAGCCAGCCAUCUGGUGCACCUCGAUUUAAGUUUCAACUUGAUAAAAAUGAUCAACAAAUCCACACUUCAGACAAAGACCACUACCAAUUUAGCUCUUUUGGAACUAGGCAGAAACCCUUUUGACUGUACCUGUGACAUUGGAGAUUUUCGAAGUUGGAUAGAUGAAAAUCCAAAUGUCACAAUUCCUAGAUUGAUAGAUGUCAUUUGUGCCAGUCCUGGGGACCAGAGAGGGAAGAGCAUUAUGAGCCUAGAGCUGACAACAUGUGUUUCAGAUACCAUUGCAGCCAUACUCUUUUUCUUCACAUUCUUUAUCACUACCAUGGUUAUGCUGGCUGCCCUGGCUCACCACCUGUUCUACUGGGAUGUCUGGUUUAUCUACCAUAUGUGUGUUGCAAAGAUCAAAGGUUACAGGACUCUUUCCACAUCCCAAACUUUCUAUGAUGCUUACAUUUCUUAUGACACCAAAGAUGCCUCUGUUACUGAUUGGGUAAUCAAUGAGCUGCGCUACCACCUUGAAGAGAGUGAAGGGAAAAAUGUUCUCCUUUGUCUACAGGAGAGGGACUGGGACCCGGGGUUGGCCAUCAUUGAUAACCUCAUGCUCAGCAUAAACCAGAGCAAGAAAACGAUAUUCAUUUUAACCAAAAAAUAUGCCAAAAGCUGGAAUUUUAAAACAGCUUUCUACUUGGCAUUACAGAGGCUAAUGGAUGAGAACAUGGAUGUGAUUAUAUUUAUCCUGCUAGAGCCAGUGCUACAGCAUUCUCAGUACUUGCGACUGCGACGGCGGAUCUGCAAGAGCUCCAUCCUCCAGUGGCCUGACAACCCCAAGGCAGAAGGCUUGUUUUGGCAAAGUCUGAAAAAUGUAGUCUUAACUGAAAAUGACUCACGAUAUAAUAAUCUGUAUGUUGAUUCCAUUAGGCAAUACUAACUGAUGUUAAGCCAUGUUUUGACACCAUAAUAAAAAUUCAAGGCAAUGACCCUUCUCUCUUAGGUAUCUAUUACUGUGUAACAAGUUACCACACAACCUAGAGGCUUAAAACAACCCAUGUUUGUGAUCUCAUAGUCCCUGGAAGUCAAGAGACCAGAUGCAGCCUAACUGGGUCCUUUGUCACAAGGUCUCUCAGAGGCAGCAUUCCAAGAAUUGGCCAGGGCUACAGACAUCUCUGGGAUUGGGACCCACUUUCAAGCUCACAUCUAUGUGGUCAUGUUCAGGAUUCAAUUUCUUCUGGACUAUUGACCAAAUGCUGCUCUCAGGUACCUGCCAGGUGGACCUCUUUCACAAAGCAGCUGGUUUCAUCAAUGCCAGCAAGAGAGAGGGGUUGCUAGCGACAUUAAAUCAUGUGUAAUUAAAUGACAUUAAAUUAUGUGUGAUCUAUUCAGGGAAAUGAUACCCCAAUACUUGGACCGUAUUCUAUUUGUUAAAAGUCAACCACAGAUUCCACCAGCUUCAUGGGAAUGACCACUGAAGUCCAGGGAAAACAGCAGAACUGGUGGGACUGUGAUCACCUCAGUCUGUGGAAAUCAGUCUAUGACAGAUCAGUGGUUGACUUAGACAAUCAUCAACAGUUUCCCCUGGACUACCAUCCAGCCUGCCAUCUUGGUCAUACUGUGAAUGCCAGGAGGUAUGUAUCAUUGUGGCCUCUUAGCAAUCAGCCUACAACACCUGCUUUUUAAUAUAUAAGAACUUAUGGCACUGUUAAUUAAUGUUUCUGAUUAGACUGAUCAUAAGUGUUAUGGCUACAUGGUUAUAUUAUGCUAUGAUUGAAUUAGCCUUUCUUUUACAAUAACUUUUAGAGAUAUUGGCUAUAAUGUUUGACUUUUAAGGUUUAGAUGUCAUGUAAAGGCUGAAGUGGAUAGGUUUUUAGUAUCUUUUAUUUCUUAACCAUUUUUUUAAAAAAAGUAUGCAUCUACAUUGAAAGCUUUUGGAGUAUUUGUUAAUUUCCCACUGCUGUAAAUCUUAAGAUGAAUGAUUAAACUUUCUUCAUUUUACAAGACAAGUGUAUGAUAUGUAUAUAAUAGGGAAAUUAAGCUAUACUAUAAAAGAAAUUGACACCUAUGCUGGGUUUUUGAGAAUUCUUUUUGGAAAAAAAUAUCAUCAGUAGAAAUCAAAGGAAAAGCCAUUUUUAUAUUAAGAUAAUUAUUAAUACAGAAAUUAAUUCUUUCUUAAUUUCAGACUCAGAAAAUAUAAAAUCAGGUGUCUGUUGGUACCCUUUACAUAAUCUUCCCAAAUAAAGCCAUUUGGCUUCCUCACCACUACUACUAGCCCCAUAGUUCCUGCACAGCAGGUCAUUGCACCCUCAAUCCAGUAUGAAUCUUGAAUCAGCUUAUGAAAUCUACUUGAGAAUAACUGGACCUUAACUAAGCAUAAGAAAAUAAAGUGCCUUCAGCAUGAAAAGAAGAAUCACCUCCAUUGCAUCAUUCUUCCUAAAAUAUAAUAGCCUCUUUGUUAAUCUUGCAGGAUGAGUUAUCUUUAAAUGUGUAUGUCUAAGCAAUUGACCCAAACAGUAUGUCACGAUGUUAUCUAAUAUGGACAAAGUAAAAAUCAACACAAGUUUGCCAAA